AUGGGGCGGCGACGAUGGAGGUUCGUGACGAUCGCAGCCUUCUUGCUGUUUAUUAUAAAAGACACGCAAUGUCAAGAUGAAAAUGACUUCGACUAUCCACUGGUGGAACGAAGUUUUGCUCAAGUUCAACCCCCCUUAUUUUCAAAUGUUCGACCGACGACAUUUUUUGAACACGGUGAUAGUUAUAGAAUCCCAAGGCCCUCGCAACAACCGCUUUAUAAUCAAGGAAACGUAAGGUUUCCUAGCCCAAACUACAAUCAAAAUCCAUCACCGUUUCAACUACCUACAGGAAGGAGUCAAUCUGGAGCCCAGUACUAUAUUAAUCAACCAGAAUUCACGCCGCAGCGGCAGAGAUUUAGACCUGCAUUACCUUAUAAUUUUCAACUUCAUCCAGCUUCUACAAAACGACCUGAAGUUUCACAAAUCCACUCGGUCGCUUAUCAAAACGAUCCAUCGAAACCAGAAACGUUUCUGGGUCAAAUAACUUUAAACAAUCCCGAUAUUGAUUACUUACAAAAUAAUAGAUUCAAAAACAUUCCAUUUGACGGUAGUAACAGUUUAAAAACCAGCAUUCAGAAUGGACAUUUAAUUCGUGAUGACAUAGAUAUUGACACUGAUAACCAAGACCUAUUCGAUCAGCACAGAGUUACAACCUACAAUCCUACUAAGCUUGUUAGCAAGCCCAAAUUGAAUGGCAAACCUGCAAGGUUUUCGCACUUUGUUCCUCCGCUAGCCAAUAAUAAACCGAAUUCACAAAAUACACCUUUCCACACAAGAAACAAUUUGACACCGGUAAAAACGAAUGCUAACAUAUUAUAUCAUAGUUCUACCGAAUAUAAAGCUUUAUUAGAUUUGGAACCACUUCUUGAAGAAGAAAUUAGCGAUUUAAGUACCUUUAGAGAAUUAAUGAAAAACACACAGGGUUCACAUGACGUUCAAGUCAUAAAACCUAAUACAACUGAUGAUUCUGAAGCAUUUGACGAUAGUAAGCCUGAUGCUAGUUAUAUGAAUACCGAUAAUGUACCUAAUUCAGAUAAAAGCCAAUUCCUUAAAGUAACAACUAGCUCUUCGUCACCUGCUCCAACAACUAUAUCAACAAGUACUACCACUGCUAGUAAUACACACGUUGAUGAGGAUAAUGAUGAUAUCUUGGAUGACGAGGAAUUUGUUGAGUAUUACGAUGAUGUAGAUAGUUCGGAAGUCAAACCAACUGUGCAGACGCCACAUCAUUCCUCUGAACAUGUAACCGAUAUUUAUGAUGAUUACGAUUCUACGGAAGAGCCUGAAAGCUCCACAGAUGGUGUAGAAACAAACGUGACAAAGGCUUUCGAUGUCCUUGUAACGAAUCCUAAUAAUACAAUGGUUAAAGAUGAUAACUUUAAGCAUUUUGUUGACACAACAGUAAUAGACCAGUUAGAUGGUAAAAAAGAAUUGACAAGUCCUAAUACUUAUAUACCAGUGUCGGAAGAAAUAACUUCUAUUGAGCCACCAUCUAUUUUAGGACAAGAAGUAGUUUCUGUUGUGACUACGAAAAGUGUUGUGAAUGGUACUAUAUCUAUUCCUGAUGUAACAUAUGCUCCUAGUACUGCAAAAAUUAAUACAGAAACUGAUACGAUGUUAUCCACAGUUAAGAAUCAUCAGAAUGAUUCUUCAUCACCGAUCACAACAGAAAGCUGGAUUGUUGUUGCUUCAGUGCAAACAAGUCGAAGUGUCUCCGGUGCUCGAUUUUUACCUUUCCCAACUGUCGAACAAGAAGAAAAGAAACAAGUCUUAGCUGAUGACAGUGAUGAAGAAGAUCAAGAAAAUGUAACCAGAGACCCAAAACAAGACAUUGGUGCUAGCAGUGGUAGUUCAUCAACAGAAAACAUUAAUGACAAAUUAGAUAGUAUACAGUCAGAAUUAUCUAGUGCUGUUUUAUCAGGAAGUUUAGACAACGAGAACAAAAAUAUUGAACUUAUAACAGAAUCUACAACUGAAAAAACUUCAACACCAUCUACUACUACCACUACCACAACAACAACUACUACUACUACUACUACAACAACAACAACCACGCCUGCAGUUCCAAAUGUUUUCACCUUGAAGAGUACUCAGCCACCGUCGACAACAGUUAGAUCUGCACCAGAACCGUUACCAGUAAUGGUCAAAAAGUUUGCACCUAGAGUAACAUCGUCCACAACACCGAAACCAAAGAAAAAAUUAGUUACAGUAAUGGAUGAAUUGCCUGUGGGUCUCUUACCUGCUGGAUAUAAACCUAGAUCAUCGUUCAAAGAUAAGCGAACUACUUCGACCACGACUACAACAAGUACAUCUCGACCUCGUGUUAAUGGAGCACCAAUUAUAAAUAGUACGCAAGCACGAUCAUCUGGAAUAAAUAGUCAAAAUAAGGUUAUUAUUCUAGAUGAUAAAUCACUCCUUCCUAAAGAAUACAGACCGAAAGAACAUAAAUCACAAGAAGAGGUGAAAAAAAUCCAAAAGCACGAUUCAAGUACAUUGCUACCACCUAGCGAUAAAAAUCCUACAGAAACACCACUAAUAAAUCAAACGACAACGGUUAGUUUGUUGAAUAAUAUAGAUACUGUGGAUAUAUCAGCAUUUUUGCCCAAAGGAUUUAAUUUAAGCGCCACAACAGAGACAAAACCAAAAGAAGUCAUAAAACCUAUAGCAGUACCUGUCGACAUCCGAGCGCUAUUACCUCCAGGUUUCAAAUUGAACGGAACAGAAAAUAAUUCAGACGAAAGUCCAAUUGUAAAAUUGACCGUUGCCGACGUUUCCAACUUAUUACCACCAGGGUUUAAAUUAAAUGAUACAGAUACAGAAUCUGUUUCGUCUAGUUCUACAACCAAAGCACCAGGGGGUAUCAAAUUAGUUUUCCCUUCAAGACCAGGAGGAAAAGUCAAUAGGAAAACUACUACACCUAAAUCAUUAGGUCCAUCACCCGUUACACCAAAGAUACAAAAGGGAUGGCCCACCAGGGCUUCAACUGAAUUCACGGGCUGGCCUUCACCAUCGACAACUCCAUUUUCGAUUGAAAAGCUCUUGGAAGCUCAGAGAAAUGCAACUGCUACAAGUCCACUACCUGAAUUUAGUACUGAAGCAACGACACGACGAUCCACGACUACGACAACUACGACCCCAGUACCACCACCUUCGACUACUCCCGGUGUAUGCCGUAAAGAAUGUGAUAUAGCAGCUACUAUCAAAAUUGUUUCAGGAGUCAAGUGGGUACCCGAACUACUAGAUCACCAUACCGACGAAUGGCAAAAUCUUGCAAAAGAUGUCAAAGAAGAGCUCAAUUCUGUGUAUUCGAAAUCGGAUAAUUUAAGAAAAUGGUAUAAAAAUAUUCGAAUUGACGGAUUCAGUGAGGGCUCUGUUCUGGUUGACUAUUUUAUUGAACUGAACAAUGUAGAAGAAAGAAUAAACACGCUAGAUUUGAAGAAAAUAUUCCAUAAAUCACUUCAUGAGGCUAGACCAGGCUCAGUAGUCGAAACGGUAACAACACCACGAAACGAUGAUGAGUUUGAUCCAGAUGUGAUGCUUGGAGAUCAACCAGAUGAAGAUAGAAUGAAAAAAAGUAACGAAAAAAUGACAAAAACAAUAGAUAAAUCGGCAGGAAAAUUAGAGAUAGGUAAAUUUGUUAUGGAUCCUGCAUAUACGGAAUUCAUUGUUUUACCGAAGCGUGAUGAGCCUACAAUGGUGGUUCCUGAUGAAGAAUCACUUUUACCUCAAUGGGGCAUUGCAGUUAUUGUCAUAGCAUUAGCCUCCCUGCUAUUCGUCGUCAUUUUUGGAGUUACAGUCUUGGUGAAUCGGCAAAAAAGUGCCAAGGCAAAAGCACCUAUACCGUUGAGUGAAGAGAUGCUUCGAGAUUUAGACAAAAGUCAUAUGGGUGGCUUUGAUGACAUGCAUCAGUUAAAAGAACGGGACUUACCUUAUCUUCCAUCAGGAAAGCGUAUGUCAACUGCUUUCAUUGAGCAAUUAGCAUACCCGAACCCUGGUGACUCUUGGCGAUCGGAGUGGACGCCGCAAUUACAGAAAUAUAUGCAGCAUUAUACGCCAGAUUCGGGUCGGGGAUCACAAACUUAUGGUCCAACGAACAAUGGUUAUGGAUUCAGUGCUUCCCAAAUAUAUGGACAGACAGGAGGCGGAUCCCAAAUAUACGGUUACACGGGCGAAUACCCGCGUGCUCACUACCCGCGACGACGCUCCGACUACGACAGCAACUUCUAGAUUUCUUUAGAAAUAUUGCUAACUGAGACUUGACAAAACUUUGACAAUAUACCCUUAAAGUCUUGAUUCUAGUACGUUUAGAUCUGUUUCAAUUCACACUGUAUAAAUAUCAAAAUUAUCACCGACAUCAAAGACAGGUUGUGAAAUACUUUAUCAUCAUAUACAUUUUCCUUAUAGAGUACGAGUGUUGUAUGAGAAAUUUAAUAUCAAUUAGUCCGGCCUAUUUAGGACGUGCAGUGCCAAACAAGUAAUUCCUUUGCAAUUUUAUACAUUCUGUUUUACGAAAGCUUUAUUAUGUAAUUAAAUUGACUACUUAGAAAAGAUCGAUUUGCCAAACAUAAAAAAAUUACGACUGAUUGUGAGAUGUAAAUAUUUAGAAUAAGAACUCACCUUAUUAUAAGCGACUGUUAUCGUAGGUGAGGCUACGAGAAAUUCUGUAGAUAACUCUUUGCAUACCUAUAUUUGCUCAGAAAACUGUAGUCUUGAAUGAAGGCCAGGGUGUAAGCGUGAAACGCCUAUGUGUGCCAAACGUUCAUUCGUCUGUGUGUGUGUGUAAAUAUAAACAAUACUUAAUAUCGUAUAGUGUUAAUGUUAUCUUAGGACGGUGCCAAUAUUGCGUCGCCUCUACCGGAGACGCACCACGUUCAAUUUACGAACGAAGUUCAAGCAAAAUAUUUGGAGACUAUCAUAUCAGAGGUCCCGUUUUGCUGAUACAUAAAAUAAUUACAUAACAUCUCACUAUCGAGGAGUUUUGUUCAAAUGUAUUUAAAUAAUGAACGAAAUUUUACAUUGAUGAUUGUCAAUUUUUAUUAAUUCGCAAAUGAGUAGUUGUUAAAUUUGUUACUUGUAAUUUUAAUAGCGAUUUCGCGGUGUAAACUUUAACGUAUAUGAGGUUUUAAUAUUUAAUAAAAUGUAUGUCUUCUUGAUUGUGUCAAAAAUUACAUCAUGGAUGUCGAUUGUAUUGUAAAUUCUGAGAAUAUUGCGAAUAUAUUAUACCUACUUACCAUUUAGAAUAAGAUUAGUUGCAUGAAAAUUUGUGUAUAUAAAACCAAUUUUUGUACAUGUAGUUUUUAAUUUAAUUACUGAAUUAGUGACAAAUUAUAUAACUAAGAUCCCCAAUAUAGAUACAUGAUAAAAGUGUA